UUUAAUAUUCAAAUUAAAACGAGUAAAUUUUUUCAAAAUGAUAAAAAUGAAUUUCAAUCGAUAAAAAACCAUAAGAGCAAUUUUUAUGAAGCAUAAAAAAACUCGUCAAAGGUUUUCAUAUCAGUGAUGACACUAUUAUAUGAUGAAAAUAGCAAAUUAAAAUAAUAAUUGUAUAGCAUUUAUUAACUUUUUUGUUUAAACGUAGGUAUUGUACAGUGAGAAUUUUAUUAAUGCUUACAUAACUAAACGUCAAGUGGUAUUAAAAAAAUUACAACACCCUAGUUCAUACAUCUAGGUUGUUUGUCAUCUGAUGAGCCAAUGUUACACGGAUUUUUGGAAAUAUUUUUCUGCUUUAAUAAUUGUAUAAGUAUUAACUUUACAACCAAGAAUUAUAGUAAGAUUUUGAGCAUUAUAUCAAAGUCAAGUCUUUUUGUGAUUACAAUAAAAAUUACAUCAUUAUCUUGCAUAAUCUAAUUCCUGUUUUUGUUACAAUUGAUUGAACGCUCGCUCCACGAACCUGCGAAUUAUUUUUCCAAGUUGACACCUUCGUUAGGAAAGCAAUUCUAAUUUUUUCACGUCUAUCCUAAAUCGUUGUCCAAACUUAGGUAUCGUGUACACCAAAGGAACAUUAUAUAUUUAUAAAAUAGAGCAUAAUCUCGUCAGUCGUAAUUUUGAUCUCGUUGUCGAAAGAGACUUAAGCUCAUUCGAUCUCGCACUUGGCGGUCGAAGUAACUCUAUCUGUUUGCUGGAUUUUGUUUUAACUCGCGAUUUGCCAUCGGAAAUUACGAUAGCUGACAGUAACCGAGCAAAACUUGUAUUUAUAGCCAGUAAGCUUUAUCAAUCAUUACAACGUUAUUUGGAUCGGAGUAAAUUGUGUCAGAAAUAUAUAUAUUUAUUAUUUACUUUGGGCACAAUCGAUUCGUCAGUGAAUUCAUUGAAGAAAAAUUGAUUCGUACUUAUUAUCGAGCCAGCCACGAGUUUACAGAAGAUAAUCGGGCGCGAUAUGCGCGCGAGCAACAAUAGUUUGCAGAAUGAAUCGCGUACGCAUAGUAACGAUUCACACGGGUGGACAAGUCCUUUGUGCUGCCGAGGUAGGCAAUAAAGACGCGGAAUUGGUUAGCUUUACGAUCGAUUCAAAGUCCAAAUCCAACGAAGCGAGUCGCGGAAAAUCGGCCCGUGUCCAUUGAGCUGCGCGUGCGAGUUUUUUUCCAAUCGCGUGUGCGUACCUAUGUGUGUGUGCGUUUGUGUGCGCGCGCGCGCGCCUCUUCGCCAUACGCGCGUAAUGCUACUCGUCCUUACGCGAGGCUCAUCCUCCAGCUAGUACUCGUUUUGUAUCCCCGAGGAACAGUACGACAUGAUAUACGAUUAUCGAGUGUCUCGCAGUACUCCGGCAAUGGCUCGGUCGCUGCGUUCGCCCGAGCUUGCGUAAUUUUUCCGCGCGCUCGACGACUCGACGCCCGAGACGCUCCUCGAGCUGUUUGCUUUUCGCGCUUGUGCAUUUUACGCGAGCGCACGUAAUCUUUUGCCGAAUCGAGAAGGUAUUAUCCACCAUGAGCUCGGAAAGCCGCCGGAAGAGCGUCGAGCUGUCGGAAAAUUUGUGCACUCUGACUAUUAACAAACUGGACGAUACUGGAUCGAGCGAUGGUGAAGGCGAUGACGAUCUCGAUAAAUUGGAUAAUAACGCGAGCACGAGCUUCUUCACGAGCAGCAACAAGAAAAUCGUCCUUACGACCAAGAAGAGCUGCGCGUCAAACGAGACGCCGAGACAGAAUAAUGCGGCGACGGCGAGCAAGAAAAAGAAAAAAAAUAGCACGCAGAGCCGAGUGAUGUACGCGAGCGAUUGCAUGGUGUCGUCGCUCGUUGUCGGGCCCAUGGUCGUCGCUCAUUGGAGGGGAAUAUGGGUCUUGAUGGACUUUCACGAAAACAUCUUCAGCGGCUGGCUGUGCUUCGGCUUCGGCAUGAGCCUGCACUUGCUGUUCGCUCUGUUGAAGCAGCCCCUGCAUCGAGCUUUCAGCGACGACUCCGCCAGCAGGAGCAGCGAUCGCCGUUGGACCUGCAGGACAAUCGGCUGCAGACUCGUGCGUACGGCUUACACCUACGUCUUUAGCUUGGCCUGCAACUGCCACUGGCGAGGCGCCUGGAUCAUCCUCAACGAUUGGUUUGGUCUGCAGGCCAGGUAAUAUUUUUUAAAAAUUCUUAUAUAAAAAAGGCCCGAAAAACGUAAACCUAUGAAGAAUUGCAAGUUUUUUCACGUGGAGCGAGCUAUUUACGUAAUGACAUUUUAUAAUCACCCGCGAAUUAAUAAUCAAUAAGCAGCGAUGCAUCUAGGCAUUAUAAAAUUUUGUUGCGCGUUGCUUCUGAUCGCGAUCAAUUAUGUUCUAAGAAUGCGUCGGUUGAGCGACGGCUAAUAAAGAUAAGUGUGCAUUAUCGCGAGCGCAAUAUA